UGGUCAACUGUGAAUUAGAGGAAUGUUCAUAGAUCGGGUGAAAACAACUGAGUGUACAGCGGGCUCAAUCUAGAUAAACUAUGUACAAUAAAGAAAAUCUGAAAACCGAUUUAAUAACUAGAUGAUUAUUUUUGUUUUGAGACAAGCCGAAUCCAUUACUGUUGAGGGGACAUUUAACUAAGUUAAGAGACGUUAUUCAGUCACAGGACUUUGGGGUCUGUUUGAUCUUGUCUAUUUGUUUAGGACAAGACCACGUCAAAGUUCAGUUUUGGAUUCAAUUCUCUACUUGUGUCCCGCAAACACAAAGCAGCACACAGUAAAGAGAAGCCUUCAAGAUGCAGGUGAUAGUGACAGUUGUUUCUUUGGCCUGCUUGCUGGUCAGUCCAACGCUGGCUGGCAUCAAAGACCUCAGUUCGCACUUUAAUCCUGCUAACCCAGACCCCAGGGGCUUUCAAGGGAGCGGGGGCACAGAUAUGGAAGACAUUGAUUUAGACUUCCACAAGGCAAACACCAUCACCAAUGACCUAGUGUUUGACGGCUUUGAAGACACAGAUUACAUUGAUUUUGAUAAGAUCCUGUCUGCAGGCAGCGAUGACUAUAUCGAAGGAGAUGAGAUUGACGAGAUUGCAACCCCCGCACCGGACAUCGACAUAUUCGCUGAACCAUCGGACCCAAAAAUUCGUCGUGCCAGACUCCUACGGCUCUUCCACGGUCGCUCUCGCCUCCGACGCCUCAACGUUGCAAACGCGCUCUUCGGCUUCAACCUCUACCGUAGUCUUCGCAAUGACGUCAACCAGACUGACAACAUUCUGCUGGCGCCUGCUGGGAUCUCCAUUGCCAUGGGGAUGAUGUCUUUGGGAAGCGGACCUGCAACGCAUAAUCAGAUCUACAAAGUUUUGGGAUUCACUGAAUUUGUAAAUGCGAGCAGUCACUACGACAACAGCACAGUGCAUAAGCUCUUCAGGAAGUUGACCCACAGGCUUUUCCGCAGAAACUACGGCUAUACGCUGCGCUCGGUGAACGACGUCUACGUGAAAAAGAACGUCUCGGUGAAAGAUGCUUUCCGUGCAGACACCAAGGCUUAUUAUUUUGCAGAACCGCAGUCGGUGGACUUUAGCGAUGCUACCUUUUUGAACAAGGCCAACAGUCGCAUUCUAAAGCUCACUAAGGGACUCAUCAAGGAGCCGCUCAAGAGCAUCGACCCAAAUAUGGUACUAAUGCUGCUCAACUACUUGUACUUUAAAGGAACAUGGGAACAGAAGUUCCCUAAAGAGAUGACACACUACCGCAACUUUCGUGUGAAUGACAAGACAAAUGUACGAGUGCCGAUGAUGACCAAUAAGGGAAACUACCUAGCUGCCGCCGACCAUGAACUUGAUUGUGACAUCCUACAACUCCCGUACUCAGGAAAUAUCAGCAUGCUCAUUGCCUUGCCGAGGAAGAUAACAGGUAUGAGGACAUUGGAGCAGGAGAUCUCGCCCACAGUUGUCAACAAAUGGAUCAAAAACAUGACAAACAGAACCCGUGAAGUGGUGAUACCUCGCUUCAAAUUGCAACAGAAUUAUGACUUGAUUGAGAAUCUAAAAGAAAUGGGACUCACUGACUUGUUUCAUGACGGCGGAGACUUCUCUGGAAUGACCUCGGAUAAGGUUGUCAUGAACUGGCUUAAGCACCAGGGAACCAUCACUGUGAACGAGGAAGGCACGGAGGCAGCUGCUCUGACCCAGGUGGGCUUCAUGCCACUCUCCUCCCAAAUCCGCUUCGUAGUGGACCACCCCUUCCUUUUCCUCAUCUACGAGCACCGUACAGACUGUGUCGUGUUCAUGGGCCGCGUGGCCAACCCGUCACAGAAUUAAAUGUGAAAAAUGCAGUAACUUCAAACUGUUUCUUGCAAUAUCAAUACUUGUGGGGUAUUAAUGCACCUAAAUACACUUUAAGAAAUCAGCUUUGUGUUUGCAUAUGUAAUUUUUAUUGUGUUACUGAACAGUAAGACGUAAAGCUGGGUCCGUUGGUA